AUUUGCUAUUCCUGCCCUUUUGAUUCUCUUUAAACCCUAGCUCUGUUUGUGCUGGUGAAGGAGAGAACUCGAGAGAACUUUCCUCUUUGUGAUUCGGAUUUCAUAUCGGAAUCAGCUAAAGAUGAGACCGAUUUUGAUGAAAGGGCAUGAAAGGCCCUUAACUUUUUUGAAGUAUAACAGAGAAGGUGAUCUCUUGUUUUCCUGCGCUAAAGACCAUACUCCCACCGUCUGGUUCGCUGACAACGGCGAGCGUUUGGGUACUUACCGCGGCCACAAUGGUGCAGUUUGGUGCUGCGAUGUCUCGAGAGAUUCGAUGCGGCUUAUUACUGGAAGUGCAGAUCAGACAGCAAAGCUGUGGGAUGUUCAAACUGGAACUCAAUUGUACUCCUUUAAUUUUGAUUCACCUGCCAGGGCUGUGGACUUAUCUGUUGGAGAUAAACUUGCCGUCAUCACCACUGAUCCCUUCAUGGAAUUGCCAUCUGCCAUUCAUGUAAAACGCAUUGCAAGAGAUCCCAGUGACCAGACCGGUGAAUCUGUGCUUAUUCUCAAAGGACCGCAAGGAAGAAUUAACAGAGCUGUUUGGGGACCCCUUAACCGGACUAUCAUAAGCGCUGGAGAGGAUGCUGUAAUUCGCAUAUGGGAUUCUGAGACUGGAAAGCUUUUGAAAGAGUCAGAUCGGGAAAUUGGUCAUAAGAAGACAAUAACAUCACUUGUAAAGUCUUCUGAUGGUUCUCACUUCAUCACUGGUUCUCUAGAUAAGUCUGCUAAGCUAUGGGACAUCAGAACAUUGACACUCAUCAAGACCUAUGUGACAGAACGUCCAGUCAAUGCUGUUACAAUGUCCCCUCUUCUUGAUCAUGUUGUGCUUGGAGGUGGUCAAGAUGCUUCUGCUGUCACUACCACUGAUCACCGUGCUGGGAAGUUUGAAGCCAAAUUUUACGACAAGAUUCUUCAAGAAGAAAUUGGAGGUGUUAAAGGUCAUUUUGGACCUAUAAAUGCUUUGGCUUUCAACCCUGAUGGGAAAAGUUUCUCAAGUGGAGGUGAAGAUGGGUACGUGAGGUUACAUCACUUUGAUCCAGAUUACUUCAAUAUUAAGAUUUAGAUUUGGCAUAAGUUAUCUGUAUUGGAAAAGGAAUCAUUUUCGUAGAGCAUGGGAAGGAAUUUUGGUAUUUAUGUCGGAGGAAGUAAUAUAACGAAAUACUCUAUUUAUGCAAUAUAUAACCAUUUUCGUUGUGUAAGAA